AUGAUAACCCAAAAUGAAAAAAAAAUUAGAAAAAUAAUAUUAUUUUAUUUUUUUCUAAUUUUAUUUCUUAAUAAAAUUAUAGUCAUUUAUAACUGCAUAGGCAUAAAAAAAAAUUUUAAAUAUAAUAUAUUUUUAAUUAAUAAAAAUAAAUAUUCUUCAUGUUUUUUAAAUUUGUAUAAUACAUAUAAUAAGAAUAUUUUAAAUAACUUCAAAGAAAUAAUAUAUAACAAAGAACCCAGUGGUAUAAAAACUAAAAAAAAUACAUAUCUUAUAUAUUUACAGAAGAAAAAAAAAAAACAUGAUAAGAUAGAAGAAAUUCUAAAAAAACAAGUUUUAAACAAUAAAGAACAAAAUACAUUAGAAAAUGAAGAUAUUAGUAAAGCAAAUGAAAUAAAACCGAAAGAAAAAAAAAAAAAAAAAGCCUCAAACGAUAAAAUAGUGAUAGAUAACCAAAUUAGAGGAAAUGAUUCAUUUUCAUUAAAAAAUUAUCAAAUUAAAAAAAGUAUUAGAGAUGAUAUAAAAGAAGAUGAAGAUGAAGAUGAUGAAGAUAAUGAAGAAGAGAAUAAUCAUUUAGAUGAAAAUGGUGAAGAAGAGCAGAAUGAAGAUGAAAAUAACAACGAUGAAGAAGAAGAAGAAGGGGAAGAAAAAGAGGAAGAAAUUACUGAAGAAGAUAUUGGCAAUCUAAAUAAAAUGUGUUUAGAUAAAAUGAAUAAUGUUUAUAAUUAUAUAAGAAAAGAAUCAUAUAGAUUUAAUCUAAAUAAUGUUUCCAAUGUUAUGUUUGAAAAUGAAAAAGUAAAAAUAAAUGAACGAAUUUAUAUAAUAAAACAUAUAUGUCACAUUAAAAAAAAAGAAAAUUUAUUUACUAUAACUCCAUAUGACCCUUAUUUUGUUAAUUUUAUUUAUCAACAUUUUGUAAAACAAUACAAUGAAUUAAAAUUUUACAUAAAAGAUAAAUCAGUUUUUGCUAUAAUACCUCCCAUAUCUGAAAGCUUAAAAAAUGAAAUUAGAACUAAAAUAAAAAGCAAAAUAGAGGAUUCCAAAUUAACCUUAAGAAAUGUUAGAAAACAAAUGAUGGAUAAACUAGAAAAAAUUAAAAAUAAAAUUGGAAAAGAUAUAUAUUUUAAACAAAAAAAUUACAUACAAAGUUUACAUGAUCAAACAAAAAAAAGCAUUGAAAAAAUAUCUGAAGAAUUAAAAUAA